GUCAAAGCGAUGUUCCCACCAAUCUCUUCUUGAUAUUCAGUCUGCUUUCUUCAUUCCCAAUUUCCACAAAUUUGAAUCGCCAAGUUCCGUCCAUACAACGAAUGAAUCAAACAAACGUGGAUCAAAUUCACUACCCAUAAAAGGGUUUCUUCUGUUUUUGUUUUUCUUCAUCCACUUCAAAGCUACCGGAAUCAAUGGUGGUCAAGUGCUUUUUGUUCCUUUUGUUCUUCUUCUUCUUCUUUCUUAGUUGUGCUUUUGGAGCUCAUCCUGCUCGGAGCUUGAAUCCCAAUGCGUCUUCGAUUCUCGCCGGAAUCGAAAUACCUAAUCAUUCAAGCUUUAAUGGAGUCUCGUCUUCUUCUUCAGAUUGCGAUUUCUCCUCGCCGGAGACCUCCGGUGGGGUUGGAUUUGAUGGGGCGAAACAAUCGGUAAAACUCCACUUAAAACACCGAUCGUCCGGUCAAACUCCCAUGGCCGCCAAAGAAUCAUUGUUCGAUUCGGCCGCAAGUGACGUAUCUAGGAUCCAAACGCUUCACAAAAGGAUCCUGGAGAAGAAGACUCGAAACACGAUUCUAAAACCAAAGAAAAACGACGACCACCGUCUCAAGGCUGCAGAAGAAGCAGCAGCACCGGCGGCGGCGGAAACUUACGCCGGAAAAUUGAUGGGUACUCUUAAAUCCGGCGUAACUCUCGGGUCCGGUGAGUAUUUCAUGGAUGUUUUUCUGGGUACGCCUCCUAAACACUAUUCUCUAAUUCUCGAUACUGGUAGCGAUUUAAAUUGGAUCCAAUGUACACCCUGCUACGAUUGCUUUGAACAAACCGGACCCCAUUACGAUCCGACCCAAUCGUCGUCUUACCGGAAUGUUACCUGCCAUGAUCCCCGGUGCCAUCUGGUUUCGUCGCCGGACCCUCCAAAACCUUGCAGAGCUGAAGCUAAAUCUCAAUCGUGCCCGUAUUUUUACUGGUACGGCGACAGUUCCAACACCACCGGAGAUUUCGCCACCGAGACUUUCACGGUGAAUUUGACCACCAAUGUCGACGGCCACAAACAGCAACACCAGGAGGUUCAGGUUGAGAACGUUAUGUUCGGCUGCGGCCAUUGGAACCGUGGCCUGUUUCAUGGUGCCGCCGGAUUACUCGGGCUCGGCCGUGGUCCGCUAUCGUUCGCAUCCCAACUCCAAUCGUUAUACGGGCAAUCGUUUUCGUACUGUCUUGUGGAUCGAGACAGCAAUUCUAGUGUCAGCAGCAAGUUGAUCUUUGGAGAAGAUAAAGAUCUUUUAAAGCACCCUGAAUUGAAUUUCACUUCGUUGAUCGGCGGUAAAGAAGCGCCAGUCGAUGUGUUCUAUUACGUGCACAUAAAAUCCGUGAUGGUUGGCGGAGAAACACUCGAUAUCCCCGAACAAACAUGGGAUUUAUCGCCCGAUGGUUUCGGUGGAACCAUCAUCGAUUCAGGUACGACUCUGAGUUACUUUGCCGAUCCUGCUUACAAUGUCAUCAAGAAAUCUUUCAUGGAUAAAGUGAAAGGCUACCCAAUAGUCCACGAUUUCCCGAUUCUCGAGCCGUGUUACAACGUGUCAGGAGUCGCAGAUUACGAAAAAGAUUUGCCAUCAUUCAGUAUCUUGUUCAACGAUGGUGCGGUGUGGAACUUCCCAGUCGAGAACUAUUUCAUUAAGCUCGAACCGGAAGAGAUUGUGUGUUUGGCCGUUUUGGGGACCCCACGGUCGGCUUUAUCAAUAAUCGGAAAUUAUCAGCAACAGAAUUUCCAUAUCAUGUACGACACGAAGAAGUCUAGGCUCGGGUUCGCACCAACAAGGUGUGCCGAUGUUUAACGAGAAGGGUUCACGGAAGUCGGUAAUCGAUUGUGUGACGGGGUAGGGGGGAGGUGUAAACAAAAGAGUGACGGAGGGUUUUAUUUAAUUCUUUUUUAAUUUUUCCGGUCUAGAAGUCGAGAAUGGCCGGGGGCAUAGACUUAACACUCGAUCGACAAUAGAAUUGUUUUUGGAUAUCCAUCAAUCGUAUAAAUGUUUUACAUUGUGUUAGUGCCCAUGACCAUUAAAUUUCUUAUA